ACGAAACUUGUCCCCCAAACAACCCCAUCCCCAAGAAACUAAACCUCAUCCCCGCCCCCACCCAUGUCCGACCACCACCACCUCACCGGCGACCACCACCCCUCCCCGGCGAGCGCCGCCACCACCGCUCUAGGUCCCCUGCUCCUCCUCCCGUCGGAGCUCCUCCACGACAUCCUCAUCCGCCUCGCCCUCCCGGAGCUCCUCCGCGUCCGCUCCGUCGCGCGCCCGCUCUCCCACGUCAUCUCCUCCCCGGACUUCCGCCGCCUGUACCACCUCUCCUCCGCCGCCUCCGGGCCAGGCCCCGCGGCCGCGUGGCUCCUCGUCUUCAAGAAGCUCCGCCCCCGCGACGCCGCGCUCCGGGGGUUCCAUGGGCCGUCCGGCCGCUGGUUCCGCAUCCCCGUCUCCGCCAUCCUCGCGCCCGCGGUGCCACCCGGCGAGGACCUCUACUUCCUGGCCGCGUCCGGCAGCUCCUUCCUCUUCGCCGCCAACGGCCGCCGCGAGCUCGUCGUCGUCGACCUCUCGGCGCACGCCGCCCGCCGCCUCCCGCCGUCCCCGCUCGGCCCCCGCGGCACCUCCUCCUGGCGCCGCUUCGGCCUCAAGCUCGUCGCCGAUCCCCCCGGGUCGAGCCAGUUUAGGUUUCUGUUCGCUGAGCUGGUGAACAACACGCCACUCCUCUUCGAGUACCAGUCCGAGACGGACACGUGGCAGUCAUCGGAGGCGGUCCAGGCGGAGGGGGCGUCGACGGCGGCCGGGACGGAGGGGACGUUCCUGUGCGCGGCGCACGCCGGGCCGGACUGCGUGAUGGUGUACUCCGGGCCGGGCGUGGAGCGGCCGGUCUUCUUCCGGCCGCGGUUCCCGCACAACCCGAACGGCGGCGGCGACAGGCUCCACGUGUACGGCGACGGGAGCGCCGCGGUGGUCCGGUCGACGGUGAUCGACGAGCCGGGCAGGCCGCGGGUGAAGGUGGUGGCCGGCGUGGACCUGUACGGGUUCGGGUCGGUCGUCGGCGGCGACUGGCAGCUGGCCUCCACCGUGCCGGGCGAGCUGGUGGAGGGGUUCCGGAAGCCGUACGCCGUGAUGACCGGGCUGCUGUCGGAGCGGGAGGGCGUGGUCCGGCUCGUCCUCAUCUCCAACUGCCGUGGCGCCUGGGACAUCGUGUGGCUGUCGUACGACCGCGCCCGCGGCGAGUGGUGGUGGGUGCCCGUGCCGGACUGGGGCACCAAGGGGCUCAACGUGGCCGGAAUCGCCGUCUCCUCCACCUUCUCCCGCCUCUGGCCGCCGGCCGCCGCCUCGUCCUGCACCACCACCACCUCCCAGUGAACCGAACUCGCCGGCGUCUCUGCGUCACCGUGCGGCUUACGGCGAGCGGUGGGGAAUUGGAUUGUUAGGCCCAACGUGGCAAUGGGCCCCGCACCCGUGUAAGUGGUGGGCCUCCUCCCCCGUGCCCGUGGGGCCGUCGCAUAAUGCGACAUGAUCUUGCACAAUGGCUUCUCCGAUGGCGACAAAUCGUCGAGUGCGAGUGAGUGUGCUUCAGAUAAGGAGGGGUGUACUGGCGUGCGUGCAAGCACUCUUCUCUAUAGUUCUCUUUUAGUAUCACUGUUCAUUGUUCAUAAGCCGUGUGAGUGUAGCUUUGUGUUCAUCUUCUCGUAAACCAAGUAAAAAGGGCAGGCUGGUACUCUGUUCUCGAUUAGUUGCAGAACUCCAUCCAGGUGUGGCUUUUAUGUGACAGUUUUGCAGCCGUAAAAGAUUACGGAUUACCUUAUCUUAAACGCAGUUGCAGAUCGGGUAGAAUACUUGUUCUCUCACAACACAUCAUUCUUA